UGUUAUUUUCAUUGAGAUUGACGGUUGCAAUUUAAUGUUGACUAGCACACAGUCGAUAAUCUAUUGAGUCUACAUAAAAUACAUUUGCAUUCCAUUUGUUUUUCAGAGAUGGCGCCUGAUAUUUGAUAAGUACGACGAGAUCGGUUGCGGGGAGAUAACUGUCUGGGCUCUACGUCAGCUGCUCCAAGACCCGGACUUAUUGCGCAUGGCGGAUCGGCACGUGCUCACCGUGCUCGACAUGAAGUGCGCCACGAACAGAUAUACGUUCAUAACGUUCCAAGAGUUUGUUAACAUUAUGAGCAAUAGACGAACCACUAGCUUCCGGCUAGCCGUGGAAACGGAAGGUCCCAGACGCCUGGUUCCCGUCACGCGGGACAUCGUGCCCUACCAGACGCUUGAUCAGCCGGAAACCAACCCGCUGUUCCGAGCCAUGGUCCGCAGGGUGGCGAGGGAGUUCCUGACGGACGACCUUGACCGCCAGUACUACGCCGACCACUACACGUGCUGCCCCCCGCCUCUAUUCGUGCCUUUGAUAACAUUCGUGGAGGUUGGGUGUUUCCUGUACAACAACGCUGUGAGCAGUGGAGGUGUGACCGUGAACGGCCCUUUCCCCACCCACAGCAUGCUCAUUUACCGGCCCGACCGGCGCAUCGAAGUCUGGAGAUUCGUACUCUACAUGUUCGUACACGCUGGUUGGGUGCAUCUGUUCUUCAACAUGCUCAUUCAGGUCGUCGUCGGUAUUCCCUUGGAGAUGGUGCACGGGCCAUGUCGGAUCGCCGUCAUAUACACCGCCGGUGUUCUAGCUGGUUCUCUGGGUACCUCUGUGUUCGAUCCCGGGGCUGUGUUAGUGGGUGCCUCGGGCGGGGUUUAUGCUCUACUGGCGGGUCACCUAGCCAACAUAAUGCUGAACUAUACCAAUAUGGAACUCGGUUUUCUUAAAUUUGCAGCAAUAUUAUUUAUCGCAAGUGCCGACGUUGGUUUUGCCGUUUGGGACCGCUACACGGAACGUCCAUCUAAGAUGUACGUCGGCUAUACGGCACACCUCAUGGGUGCCGUCGCCGGUCUGUCUGUCGGGGUCGUUGUGCUGAAGAACUUUGAACAGAAGCUGCACGAGUACUACAUGUGGUGGGUGGCCCUAGCUGUAUAUACGGGAUGUGUGGCGUUUUCCAUACUGUGGAACAUCUACUACUGACGUGUGUUUGUCAUACUGUGCAAUAUCAACUACUGAAGUGUUUGUCAUACUGGGCAAUAUCAACUACUGACGUGCGUUUGUCAUACUGGGCAAUAUCAACUACUGACGCGUGGUUGCAUACUGUGCAAUAUCAACUACUGACGUGUGUUUGUCCUACUGUGCAAUAUCAACAACUGACGUGUGUUUGUGAUACUGCGCAAUAUCAACUACUGACGUGUGUUUGUCAUACUGGGCAAUAUCAACUACUGACGUGUGUUUGUCCUACUGUGCAAUAUCAACUACUGACGUGUGUUUGCCAUACUGUGCACUAUCAACUACUGCCGUGUGCUGUGACGAAUAUACUACAGUGUUUAAUCUAUAAACACGUAGCCUAAGAAAACCUCCAUUUGCAAUACGUUUGGACAUCUUUUACAACUGACCUGUGACGCUGCGAAGAUGGUGUGGGUAUAUUGGCUGACUGUUAUUGGUUGGCGCGUCUGUAUAACAAUUUCAUGUCCGCUCCUUACUAUCAACAGUUUGUUUGCUAUUGUUUAUUAUCAUGUAAAGGCUAGAUAACCAGCCAAAUGUGUUGUUUAGCGAUGACCCAUGCAUUCUUUACAACUGGGACAUUUUAAUGUUUGCUGUCUAUGAGUUUGUAGAACAGCGAAGGUAAGGCAGACUGAACAACAAAUGGUCCUUUGAAAGUCAAAAUGAACAAGUUGUUACAACCAGGCUGUUGGGCUUAACGCAUGUGCGUUUAGUAUCGUCCCUGAUUAGCCUGUGCAGUCCAAAUAUGAUAAUCAGGGACGACACUUUUCUCUAUUAUGGUAUUAUUUGUUUACAUGAAGUUUCUUGCUAGCAAAAGUCCAGUUUAUGCGGAAAGUGUGGUCCUUGAUUAGCCUGUGCGUAUCGCACAGUCUGUUCUGGGACAACACUUAACGCUCUUGGAUUAAGUCCGUUUUGCAGAAUAGGGCUCUACAUGUAUGAAGCCUUCUGUUGCAAGGCACCAUAUUGAUAAGUUGAUAUAUUUAUCAUUCGAAUGCCUCAUAACUUCACUUAUAGAAUCGAUCAUUUAUGCGCAAAGCACACUUUUGCUUGCCAAAUAUUUAAGAAUAAUUCAGGGAUGUGCAUUUUCCUGUCUGUAGUAGCUAUAUAAUAAAGUACGAUGUCAUACGUCUGAGUUUUAAUUGUAUUGUAGAUUAAUAAUAAUUUCAUAUGAACA